GUGAUUUUUAGUUUUUCCCAACUUGUGCCUGUUCUGCCUAUAAAUUUAUCUUACAAAUAGUGUGAUAACAUUUCAAUACCCAUGCCGUUAUUCCCCUUUAUUAUAGUGGUGAUAAAGCUGUCAUCCUGUUUACAUACGCUGCGGAAUAUUUUCAUCCUAAAACCGAAAUAAAAGCUCAGAGUUUUAGAACUAGCAAAAUAAUGGGGUACUAUACAAUAUAGGGAACAUAGCAGCCCAAUUAUUAUUAUAGUCUGAUUUGUUACCAUUCAGAUAUCUUAUGUAAACAAAGGACGGGGAGUUAACGACAUCGAUAUGGCACAUGAUAGCUGUUCUGGAGCAAUCGGUCAACUGAAGAACUCAACCAAGAGACGUCGUCAAGACAAGUCUUUAGAAUGUAAUCACUGUGAUUAUCGAACUGAGUACAACGCUACUCUCCAAGCUCAUAUACGAACUCACACCGGAGAAAGACCUUAUGAGUGCGAAAAGUGUGAUUAUCGCGCGGUCCAGAAAUCUCAGUUGAAUGUACAUAUGCUGUCUCACUCAGCAGUUAGACCUUACAAGUGUGAUUUGUGUGAUUAUGCUUCUGCAUACAAAGCUAAAGUAAAAUUACACAAACUAACUCACUCUGAUGAGCGACCCUUUAAGUGUGACUUGUGUGACUUCUCAGCAAAACUGCCAGGUACUCUUAGAGGCCAUAUGAGGACGCAUACUGGAGAGAAACCUUUCCGAUGUGAAAAAUGUGAUUAUUCAGCGAACAGAAAGGACAUGUUGAGAUCCCACGAGCUCACACAUAGUAUAGAAAGACCUUUCAAAUGUGAUAUGUGUGAUUAUGCUGCUACUCAAAAACAAGCUUUAAAUUCACACAAACAGACUCAUACAGGUGAACGACCCUACAAGUGUGAUUUGUGCGAUUUUGCAACGACCCAGAGCAGUCACCUCACAAUACACAGGAGGACUCACACAGGGGACAAGCCGUAUGAAUGUGACGAAUGUGACUAUAAAGCAGUCCACAAAGGAUCUCUGGUGGAACAUAAACGAACUCACAGUGAUGUUCGUCAACAUGAGUGUGAUCAAUGCGAAUUCCGAACCAAACGGAAAGGUUCUUUGAAAAUCCACAAGCUGUUUCAUAGCAGUGAAAGAAAUUGGAAUUGUGAUGAGUGUGACCACAUGGUUAAGUCACGUGCUCAGUUGAAUGCUCACAAACUAACCCACUCUACGGAGAAAUCCUUUUUAUGCCCAAAAUCACAAUGUGACUUUAAAACGACUGUUAAGAGGUAUCUAACGGCGCAUAUGGCUAAGCGACAUUCGGAAAAAACUGAGAGUCCUAAGGCUAAGCCGUUCAAAUGUACCAAAUGCGAGUUCAUGUUUAGAACCAAGACACAAUUGACAGUACAUGAAAAAAGUCACACAGCAGAAAAACUAUGGGAUUGUGAUGAAUGUGAUUACGCUUCAAGAACUGAAGGACAAUUGGAGGCUCACAAAGGUACUCACACUGGUGAAAUACCCUACUCAUGUCUUCAGUGCGAUUACACAGCGGACACUAAGCAAACUCUACGAACACACAUUAGGAAACACUCAGAAGAAAAACACUCAAAGAAAAGAUAUUUACAAUGUGAAUACUGUGAGUACAAGGCUCGCCAGAAAAACACUCUCACAAAUCAUGUGAAGAAGAUCCACGAGACACCGCAAGAAAGAAACCUUGAGAACGAUUGUUAUGAGGACAAAGAACAAGACAUAAAAAGAAGAGAAGAGAAGAAAAGGAAAGUGAAUUACAACACAGAGACUGACACAAUAUCAGUCUAGGAACUGACUGAGCAUCAUAUCAGUCAUCAGUGACUAAGUUCCUCCCAGCUAUUAGAAAAACAUACCUCUCUACAAAGAUACC